AUGGACGAGUCGGCGCGAAAACGACGACGCGUUUCUGCAGACUCUGACGCACGAGCAACACCACCACGAGCAACACGACCAGCAUCACGACCAGCAUCACGGCCAGCACCACGGCCACCGCAACCACCAUCUGUAACCACAGCAGCAGCAGCAGCAGCAGCGUCAGGCCCGUCGACCGCCGCCGCGCUCCCAACGCGGCCGCCCAUCCCACCCUCGCUUGCAUCACCCACCCCGGCCAGCGUCGCGCCCAUCAACCCCCCCCAGACACCCCCACGACGUCCCUCCGCUUCAGCCCGUCCUCCUCCCGCCCAAGAACCCGAACCUGAACCCAGACCCGAAUCUGGGCCAAGUGCGCAGCAGCUCUUGGGCUCGCGACCUGCCCCUGAGCCAACGCCAGCUGCCGACAUCAACAAUAACAACAACAACAAUCCCGCCUUGGCCCAUCCUCUUCAACCCCCAGACGAAGCCACAUCGGCAUCUGCUGCUCCGAGUUGGCGAGCUGGCCGCCCUGGGCCUCCUCGAAGAACAUCCGUCAAACCGAUCCCUCGACCGCUCCCGCCGCCAGCCCCCGAGGGCGAGGAUGAACUGAACCCCUUUCUGGCACGGAUGCAGCGCCGCUCCACCGCCACCGGAGUUGCCAUCCCCCCUCCUCCAGAGCCGGAGCUGCCGCCAGCUGUUUCGGACCCCGUCUCCUCCACGCCUCCACGGGGCAUCCACAGCAGUCCUAGAUGGAGGGACCGAGACAGGCAAAAGAAGAAGUCGCCCAUGAAGAGCUCGCCCUUGAAGCGACGGGCUGACAGCCCUGGGAGGGCGGGAGAGAGGCGCCAACCCUCGCAGAGCCCGUAUCGCGAAGCCCGAGACCGAGACCGAGACCGAGACCGAGCCGGCGACCGUGGCCGACCGCUGCGGGACUUGGAGCUCAAUGCAAACACGAGCGCUGCGCGGUUGGUACCGGCGUCCCGGAAAAACGCGAGAAAGCUCAAGGAGCGCGACAGGCUGCGGCGGGAGAUUGCGCUUCUCCGAAAGGAAAUCGACAUGGCAGCGCAAGAAAACGAGCGCAUUCGCGCAACGCAGCGAGCCGGUCGUGCCGUGGCGCCCGCCAACCAGGACGACAUCCUCGACUUGGUCCAGAAGACGCUCGUUGCCGCGCAAGAUGCCCCCAGCCCGGGGCUUUCGCAUCAAAUGACGCAAGCGGCCCUGAAACCCAUGGGCAUCCUGCCCUUUGGACCGUCCAAACUCGUCCCUCAGCUGGGGGACCUCGGUGCGCAAGAGGAAGACAUAAAAUCUCACCAUCCUGUGCCAAUGUCCGCCGAGGAAGAGCUGCCCUUCCUGCAAGUGUUCAGCCCCUUCUCCAUCACCUCGCAAGUGUCGGUGCUGCCGGGAGUACCAAAGCAGCCGAUCCGCCAACGGAGGCAAAUCACGCUGCGGUCUCGGGACGUCGCCGGCCUCUUCGCGGCGAAACUCGACAUGGUGGUCAACGCAAUGAACCUCAACAUACUGGCUCUCAAAGUCCUCGCUCUGGAGCCUUCGGCAAGGCCGGAGCUCGGUCCCUUUGUUGACAGGAUCUGCUCGGGAGAUUGCAACAGAAGCAUGCAGCACAAUGUUGGCAUCGUAACCUGGGCGAUGGGGGAAUGGUACCGCAUGGCGGUGCAGAGGGCGCGUUUCUGGCUUCAGCUGGACCGUAUUCUGGCCGCCAAGGAAGACUACUUGAACUCGCUUGCGCUCGCGCCAACGCGUUCCACGCACGGACGGGAAGAAGAAGGCGACGACGACGACGGCGACGACGACGACGGCGACGACGACGACGGCGAUUCGGACUCGACCACGCGCGACAAGUGCGACAAGGUCGAUCUCUUGAGAUUUCUCGGCCAGCAAUCUUACGACAUCCCGAUACCCACGGGCGACGACGCCGGAUCCGAGGCAGCAGUACGCCUAGAAUGGAAGAUUGCCCUGGACUGGACGGGCGAAGCUCAGAGCAAGAUGGGCUUGUUUCUAGGCGUGCCGGGCAAAUGGCGCGAAGCAGACGAGAGGGGCCGUUUUGCCGAGUUUCCAAAGCUGUUUGAGGAUCUGAUUAGGGGCGGGCAGCACCCUCGAAGGGCAGUGCGCACCAUUGUCGCCCUCUUGACGGGGACGGGGACCUAG